AUAGUCAAUAUCAUGGGGAGCUUUAAAUGUUCAUCUAGCGCGAUUUGGUCUUAGUAAUUAGCUGUUUUGCACUGUUCUUCUCCGCAAAUCUUCGUAAUCUUUGAGUACAGAUAUGGGGUUUUGUUGUAUGAAUAAAGUGUGAACACGAAUGUCGCCACUUCUAUGUACUAGUAAGUUUAACGGGUAUUUCUCACUGAUGUUUCAUAGGCGAGCUAAAGAGGAUGGAUAAUUGGAUAGUGAAUCUGAAAGUAGUUGAUUUGGACGAGCGACAGGAUAUACAGAAAAAGACAUUCACCAAGUGGAUAAAUGGUUAUCUAGCCAAAUCUAACACACCUGCAAUUCAGAAUCUAUUUGAAGAUUUACGGGAUGGCAAUGCACUUCUUUCUUUGUUGGAAGUUCUAACCAAUCAAACCUAUAAACGUGAAAAAGGCACAAUGCGAGUACAUCAGAUUAAUAAUCUAAACAAGGCACUAGCGGUUCUUCAGGAGUAUGGUGUUAGGCUAGUAAAUAUAUCCAGUGAUGAUAUAAAUUCAGGUAACGCUAAACUAACACUAGGAUUAAUUUGGUUGAUUGCCUUAAGCUUUGACGGUCAGAAGCUUGUAAAUUCGCAUGCAGUUAGUGGCAUUGAAAAGUCAUUACUCAACUGGGUAGGACGGAUUGUGGAAAAACAUAACAUCAAGGUCAAUGAUUUUUCCUGCAGCUGGUCCGAUGGAAUGGCUUUUUUAGCAGUUAUUUCGGAAGUCGUUGAUUCGUUAAAUCUGAAAAUGGCUGUCAACAAACAUCCCAUUGCAAGGUUACGAAUGGCGUUUGAUUUAGCGUAUCACCAUUUAGAUAUCGAACAACUGCUGGAACCAGAAGAUGUAAAUACAAAUAAGCCGGAUAAAAAGUCUAUUCUUAUGUACGUUAUGUGCCUCUAUAAUGCGAUCGAUUCAAGAAAUUUGGAGCAUCAAGGCAGUGUUCAGCAUUUGGCGCGGAAUGUGGAAAGUCUGGAAGAGAUACAGUUGCUUAGUGAACGAGAACUAGGUGCUUCGGACGAGUACAUCACAAACCAAAAGUUUGGCCAAAGCAGUUCGAAAUCCAGCAAUGAUAAAGUACCAGUUCAUUCGGGAAAUUCGACACAUUUAGAGGAAAUUUCACUAGCAAAAUCGAUUGAUGACUUACGUAAUUUCAAUCGAGAAAAUAAAGUAAAAAGGUUGUCUCAAACUAAACCAAUUGUGAAGGUGAUAGAACACGCGGAAGCUGUAAAUUCCGACUUUAAACUGAAUGAUUCGGUUGUUCCGUUACCAAGUAAGACGGAUGCCUUCUAUUGGGAGCCAAAGUCCUCGCGACCCGUUUCAACAGCAACAAACUUUUCAGUAGAAUUUAGUGGUUAUCAAUCAGCUGUAGAGGAUGUACUAGCCAUGUUACUAGAAGCAGAGGAAAUGUUUUCUAAGGACAUCAUGGAGGCUAAUGAUUUGACAAUUGCGAAAGAGCAGUUCCACGACCAUGAGCAAUUUAUGGCGAAGCUUUCCGAAUACCAAUCAUUCGUGUGUGGAGCUCUUGAUGAAGGCUCACGUUUAAUUAGUGAAGCACAGCUGAGUCCAAAAUCUCACGGGCUGGAUUUGGAAGGGCAAAACGAAAUCAAACAGCAAUUAUUUCUCUUGAACGAACGAUGGGAAAUGUUGCGAGUGAAUGCACUAGAACGGCAAUCUAAAAUUCAUACCAGAUUGGCUUCGCUACAAAUGGAAAAGGUUGAGGAAUUAAAAAGCUUUUUAUCUACAAUAGAAGAUCAAAUUUCUCGAAUGAACAGUGUUGGCCCGACUCCAAUGGAAUUGAAGGCUCAACUGGAAAACCACAAACGGCUGCAAAAUAACAUGGAAACCCAGGAAAAUCUGGUGGAUAGUCUCAGUAAUUUAGUUAUUAUUAUUGACUCUGAUAGUUUCAGCGACUUGGAAGACAAAUUGUUGGCCUUAGAAGAGCGUUGGUCGCAUCUAACCAAGUGGAUAGCGAAUAGAUGGGACCAGCUGCAAAGUUUAAGCUAUCGCUGGACUAAACUAUCUGAGCAAUAUCGUAUUAUUUGCCGAUGGAUUGAGGCGCGGGAACAAAACCUUAAAAAAAUGGAAACAAAUGAAUCAGUAGAGAUGGGCGCUAUGAUGGAACGAAUAAAAUGUUUGCAAUAUUGCAAACGAGAUUUAACAAUACUUGUCAACUAUUUAGGGGGAUUGGAAAGCUCUGCCCAAACCCUCAGCGAUGAGGGAUACUCAACUCUGAAUAUAAUAACCAAAAUAGAACAUUUAAGUGACAUGUGUGAUGCUCUCUUUCAAAUAUUAGAAGCACAAGAAGCACGUGUAGAAAAUAUGGGUUUUCAAAUUCCGACAUCACUAACGGCUAGCGACGAGCGGAAAACAAAUCUAAUGAAACCUGCUUCGUGGGAAGAUUUUCAGAUAAAAAUGCUAGAAGAAACAGGAACUAACUCUAACAGGAGUGUAAUUUAUGUGGAUAACUUGGACAGUUCGGAUUACGCUCCUCAAUCCGAAAAGAAACGCAAAAUAGAGCAACCUGAAACAGUUGUCCAGCUGAACGAGUUUAUGUAUGAAUUGAAAAGCGCGUUAGACGAGUGUGUCUCAAAUUUGGAUAAGUUCGAAAAAGUUGAUUUGAAUCAAAGAUCGUCAUUACUGCAACAAACUAAGGAAACAAUAAACCAUCAAAUAAAAGAUUAUACAAAAGCCCAGGAAAUGUUUAGGCAGUGUAAACUGUUGCCAUCUGUAGAUUUGCAUAUCGAAAGCCAACACCUGGCAGAAAUGGGUGAUUUUAUCAACACACAACAAGCAAAAUUGCGUGAACUAGACGCUGAGAUGCAAAAUCUUGUCGUGAAGGAUAAAUUGAGCAGAAGCCUAACUGGAUUCAAGUUAAUUUUAGCAGAUACGCGUGAUUGGUACCAGCAGAGCUUGGACGUAAUAGCCCUGGAAGAUUUUGAAAAACGAUUAUCAGAUAUGAACUCCUUCAAUGAUGAAAUCGAAAAAAAUCACCAAAUUUUAAAUGAGAACAAUAGAGACGAUUGGCAAAUUUGCAAGCGCGAUUUUGACCUUUUCAUUGAAAGCUGGAAUGACAUGAAAAAUGCCAUUGGUCGAAUUAUCAUUGAGAAAAAAGGUUACAACGAAUUCAGUGGGCAUAUCCAACGUGUUAAUGAAUUAGUUCAACAAAUAGAUGAUCUACCCAUCAUUUAUUCGGAUGUGAAAAGUAUGCAGCUUAAUUUAGGAAAAAAUAAUUUCCUGAAAGCAAAAUAUAUCGAGUUGCUUAAUGAAGGAUGUAGUGAAAUACUUACUAACAUGUCUAAUGAUAUCACGCUUGAUAAGCUCGUGUCCUCGUGGUGUAACAUUCCCCAACUGUUAAAUGAUAAGAUUAUGAAACAAAACAUUGCCAUAGAAAACGUGGCCCAUUUCAAUACUGAAUUACACAACAUUCGCAAGGGGCUUGAUCAAAUAGAUCUUAACUUGAAGAAUGAUUUUUUCAUAUCAGGAGACACAAAAACACUACAAUCAAAACUUGUUGAGUACGAAAAACAUGCGACUGAGAUAAAAAAGCUAGAAAUUGACAUAAUCAGCAUAAAAAACUUUUCGGAAAUAAUUGUGAAAAACUAUGAAGAGCAACCUAGAAUUAUUUUAGAAAGUCAGGUACGAGAGAUAUGUGACCGUCAUACGAGCAUUGCCGCGCAAUAUGAAGAAAACUUUGCAAAGCUAAAUCACAUCAAAACCAGUACAGAUAGCAUUCUAUCGCGCGUCCGUGAAACAGAGCUUUGGUUGAAUGAUUUGGAAAUGAACACACCGAAAAAUCUCAACUCUGAAAUUACCAGUCUCAACGAACUUUAUCAGAUCAAAUCAAAGUUCCAAACGUUGAAGGACACAUGUGAACAGCAAACAUUUAAAUUCCGAGAAUUAAAUGAAACAGGCAACGAAUUUCUGCUACAAAUCGAUGAAAUGAUUCAAUUGAAAGCAGGAAGCAACGUCUCAAGUUUAGCAAAAAAGUUCACCAAACUAAAUGCUCAAUGGAACGAAGUGACAUCGUUGGUGUACACUAGAACUGCAAUUUUAGAACAUAUUUCUAGUCAAAUGGGUGAGUUCAAAACGCUGAUUGUUGGCGCUAGUGGAUAUCUGGAUAAACUGGAAAAAUUACUGCGUAAGAGUCCGGAGAGUGCAGCCGAUGCUGAGGAAAUAUCGGAGGAACUUGAUGACAUCGAGAAUUAUAUCCGAAAUCAUCCCCAAGCACGAUUUGAUAAAAUAAUGGCUAUCGGAAAGGAAAUGUGUAAUAUGGAAUUUAUGGUCAAUACCAUCGACGAGGAUCAACGAUCAAUUCUCAACCGUUGGGAUAGUUUACAAAUUCAGGCAAAACAACGCACAGCAAAACUGGAACAAGCUGUUAAAGAGGCACAGUCAUCCGAAAGUCAAGUAUCCUGCUUGCAGCAAUGGAUAUUCCGAGUCGAUGGAAUUUUGAACGAUUUCAUUGAAAACGACACAACCAUCGACGAUGUACCACAUGAUUUCCAAAAAUUGCAAGAAGAGUUUGAACAUCACGAAAAAGUCCUCCUGGAAAUGAUAAACAAUGUGGACCAUUACAAGCGUGAAGGAAAACUCGAAGCAGCUAACCGAUACCAGGACCAAGUAAAACUGCUCCAAGAUCAAUUCAAGUCAUGUCUGCAAAAGUUCCUUCAGUUAUCAUCCCCACAAGCUGCUUUUGAAACGAAACUAAAUCAUGCCUUGGCUGAACUCCGCAAUGUAGAAAAAAGCUCGGUUAUUUUGGAUACGUUGUCAGCUGGACCGGCACAUUUGCAAGAUCAGUUCCAGCAUUGUUUAAAAAUGUAUAGAAUUUUAUCAGAGAUAAAAGGUGAAAUAGAACAAAUCAUACGGGCAGGCAGAAAAGUGUGUGAAGACAAAGGGACUAAAAAUCCUUUAAAACUAGGGGAAAGAAUAGACACACUAAAGCAUUUAUACAAUUCACUAGGUGAAACUGUGACACAAUCAAAAAUAAUUUUGGAGAAUAUGUUGAAGAUAACGCGCGACCUAGGAGAGAACCUGAGCGAUGUUGAACGCUGGAUAACCGAAAAUAUCGACACAAAGCAAUCCACUGACGAAGAAGAACGUGCCACAAUAGAUAAAAUGAACUCGUGCAAUAAACUGUACGAGGAAUAUAAACAUCUCUGUGAUUCAGUGUAUCUAGAAGACUUAAAGUAUCGUAUUGAUGAUGUUGAGAAACGUUUCAAAAAUAUUCGGAAUCAGGACGUGAAGAAGAAGUUACAUAAUAUUAAAAAUACUUUGCAAAACGUGGAUUCUGUAGGCAUUGACGUUCUGAGGUCUAUGGAGGAAGAUUUAAGCAGAGUGGAAUCAAACAGUGAUGCAGAAGUUGAAGACUUACUUGAAAAAGUUUCACAGAUAUUGCAGGAAGCCUUGAAAGACACUCGUCCUGAUGAAAAAGAACAUUACUACUCCGAAUUUGUAAUUCUCAGUGAUACGGUUCGCCAACGCCGUGCUAAGAUACCGCGCUCAGCACAAAACAAGCAAUCCGAAUCCGUAUUACCACCUUCAAACCUGCUACCAGACCUAUUGCCGACCACGUUUCGACUGGUGGAAACCUGUGCUCUGUUUUCCGACAUAUCAGAAGACGAACCGGCUAUCCAGUUUAGAUCGGACAUAUCAAACUACCAGCGUAACGAGUGCUCAGUGGUUGGUAUUAAGGAAACAAAUGUUAGUCCAAAAAUGUCUGUACAAAAUGUGAACGUCCAGAAGCCAGGACAAUUUGUUGACACAAUACUUUGUGUCAAUACAAUCAAUACUUUUCAAACGUGUAAAUUAUUUGAACCGGAGUAUGUAGAAACAGUACACAUAAUUGAUGCUUCUUCGGAUACUGAUACUAGCUGCCCAUCGCCAAAGUUAGAAACACGGAUAAUAGUAGUAAACAAUAUUGAAAAUGAUUCAAUAUCAACAACGUCACCAGAUUCAACGAACCCCUCGAAAAACCCUUCAAAGAUUAAAAAAACAAAACACCAAAAACUUACAAUCCCGCAAAAGUAUCACGAAAUAGAAUGCGUAGAUCGUAAUAUACCUCAGGCAUGUUCAACACAGCAUAAUAUUCUAUUGGAAGAAAGAAAUAGUUUUUAUAAUUCAGACAAAGAGAAUUACAACGAUCCGUUAGUUUUCUCGGAGGAUGAAGAUAUUCCACGAUAUUCGAUCGAAAUGGCCACGGACUCGGACAGUGAUACGAGUCGAAUUGAAACGCCAAAUUCUAGCAAACUAGUCGAAAAGAAAUUUAAAAUAGCCUCGGCAGACGAACAAAUUUUUUUGACUCCCGGUAUUCUCAGACACGAUUCCUAUAAAACAUUCACUUCACUUGAGCAACGCGUAAAUGAGUUUGACAAAACAGCCAAAUAUAUGAUAAAAAAGUUAGAGCAAACACGUAAACUCAUUGACAAUUGUGAAGAUGAUUCAAGUGUGAUUGAGAAUUUGAAGCUCACCAUAGCCCCUGAUGCCGCAACUCUGAUAUCACAAGGCGAUACGUUAAUAUUGGAAACACACGGUAAAUCCAACACGCUCACGCAGCAUUUAAUCAAUACACAAUCGCAUUUAAGAGAAAAAUUUAAGGAGGUACAAUCAUCAAGGAAUCGCCAUAACACAAAUUACACAUCUGCGCAACAAUUGAUCAUGAUGGAGAAAGACAUUAGUUUUAACGAUUCUUCUCAUAUAAAGGCAAUUAAUUUAGAUGAAAUUUCAACGAGAGUACUAAAGCGCAUCGGAGAUUUACUGGCAAAGCCAUUUACAAGAGACAACGAAGUUGCAUUAACUAAACGAAUACUGGAUAUCAAAGAGCGACAAGAAGAGGUCAAAUUAGCCAUCGGAGUCGCCUCUCAAACGGCGCCGACAGUUGACGUAUCCGACACGAUGACCAAUCUUGAAAAGGGUAUGCGAGAUUUAUCGAUUCAUUUCGAUGAGACCAUAGCUGCGUUAGUUUCAUUAAAUAAAAGCGGAAGUAGAGAAGCUAUCAACAUGUUAAGUGAACACGAAUCAGCAAAAAAUCUUUCUAUGUUAAGAGAUACGUCAUACACUUUAUGCCCCGAUAUUUUUGCUAAGACCAUAACCUGUGAUACUGAAGCUAUAGAAAACAAUGUACCAGCAAUCUUGAAAAGUAUACAAGAACUAAUGGCCGCACCCAUAGCUAGUAGUACGGAGGAACAUUUAGCUAGUAGACUGUUAAAUAUAAAGAAAAAACAACAAGAGUUGGAAUUGACAUUGGAAAUAACAACGCAAGCCAAACCUAAGGAACUAGUGGCUGAGAUAAUGGAUACCUUGCAAAAGGUUUCAAAAGAGCUAUCUGAUCAUUGUGAUGAAGUUGUGAACGCAUUAACUGCUUUGAAUAAUGUAGGAAACCUCGAGAAUGGUCAGUGGAGAAACGAUCACUUGGUGAAUCAAGAAUCUGAAGUGUAUGUUCCCGGAUCAUUCCCAUCAAAAUCAUGUGCUAAAGCUGUUGCCGCUGCUUUAACUAGCAACUUCGAUCAAUCAGUUGCUCACAUUAUGAAUUGGCUAAAGAUGGAAUGCGAAAUGAUAAAAAAGCAUUGCGUUGUAGUUGGUGACAGCGACAUGGUAUUAGAUGCCAUCGAAAAACAAAAGAAUAUGCUAUACGAGUUGGACGUAAAAAAACCACACCUCGAAGAGCUUGUUAAUACAGCAGAGAGUUUAAAAACAGAACUCGAUAGGCAACAUCUGUACAGUAAAGUAACGCGGAUGCGAGAACAAUGGGAUGAAACAUCUCAAACCGUUCUUCAGCGCAAAUCUCAACUGAACGCAAUGCUUGGAGAUUCUCAGAGGUAUGAAUCCAAGCGAACUGAAAUUGAAAACUGGUUGGGUCGUAUGGAAUUACGUUCCGAAAGAAUGGGCGUUGUUGCGACAACUGCAGAUGUACUGGAAAUACAACAAAAGGAACAAAAAUCUUUUCAUGCUGAACUUCAUCAGUUUAAGCACCACGUCGAACUUUUCAAUCAACUGACACAGAAGUUAAUAGCGGUUUAUCCAUCGGACGAUACAUCCCGAAUAAAGAGAAUGACAGAAUCUGUCAACUUACGCUACAACAAUUUGAAUAACGCAGUCAUCUCACGUGGUAAAAUGUUGCACGCAGCUGUCCAUUCAUUGCAAUCGUUCGAUAGAACGUUUGAUCAGUUUCUGGGUUGGUUAAGCGAAGCAGAAUCUUUGUGUGAAAAUACUGAAUCUGAAAUUGAUAGGAAUCCUCAUUGUUAUAAGGAUCUUCAAUUAGAAAUCGAAUCACACCGCGCUGUCUAUGAUCGACUUGAUAAUACUGGACGAAAACUUUUGGGUUCGCUUACAUCACAAGAAGAUGCCGUCAUGUUACAGAGUCGGUUGGACGAGAUGAACCAAAGGUGGAAUCAUUUGAAAUCAAAAAGCAUUGCAAUUAGAAAUCGUUUAGAAUCUAAUUCGGAGCAUUGGAAUGCACUGUUGCUGUCAUUACGGGAACUCACCGAGUGGGUCAUUCGCAAAGAUACCGAAUUAACUUCGUUGAGUAUAGGGCCAAUGAAAGGCGAUUCGGCUAGUUUGCAAAAGCAAAUGGAUGACCAUCGAGCUUUUCGUCGACAGUUAGAAGACAAACGUCCUUUAAUAGAAAACAAUUUGCUGAGUGGUCGACAAUACGUUACAAAUGAGCUGCCCUUGUCCGAUACAAGUGAUUCAGAAGUUAUUGACAGCGAAUCACGGUACUUGUCAACAGAAGAGCAAAAUAGAGAACUGACGCGUAGUAUACGUCGCGAGGUUAAUAAAUUAUCUGAACAGUGGAAUCAUUUAAUCGACCGCUCUGACAUCUGGAAACAUCGCUUGGAAGACUUCAUGACAAAAAUGCGACAAUUUCAAAAAGUUUUAGAAGAUUUGAGCUCCCGUGUUGCUUCCGCUGAAACGCUUACUCAUUCAUGGACAACACCAACUAGCGCGAUCGAUGCUACUGAGGAAAUGCAACAUUUGCAGCGUUUGAAGGACAAAAUGACAACAGCUGGUGCUCUUCUGGAUGAUUGUAAUGAACAACAAAACUUUUUCACAGCUAAUCAUGUGGUCGUUCCUAAUCAAUGCCUUGCUAAACUUGAGGACUUGAAUACGAGAAUGAAAUUGCUUCACAUAGCUAUGGAUGAGCGACACAAAAUUUUAACGGUAAACGGAGGUUAUAAACCUAAUACACCAGAUCCAUAUUGUGACAAAUCGGCGCAUGGUGAUAGUACUGGUACCAUUGGCCCUGUUCCAAAUUUAGCAACGAGUGUAAAACCGCCUUGGGAGAGAGCAACAACGCCUGCCACUGUGCCUUACUAUAUCAAUCACGAGAGAGAAAAUACACAUUGGGAUCAUCCGGAAAUGAUUGAACUUAUGAAAUCACUUGCCGACUUGAAUGACGUUAGGUUUUCCGCUUACAGAACUGCCCUGAAGCUGCGUGCAGUGCAAAAAAGAUUGGCGUUCGAUCGACUAGCAAUGAACGUUGCCAUUGAAGCAUUCGAUCGCCAUGGUUUACGAGCUCAGAAUGAUAAGUUGAUAGACAUACCGGAUAUGACAACAGUAUUACAUUCAUUGUAUGUCACUAUUGAGCCAAUUGAUAUGGCUAUUAUGCUCGAUCUAGCUAUUAAUUGGAUUCUGAAUGUAUAUGAUUCGCAGCGUACUGGUCAAAUCCGUGUUCUUAGUUUUAAGGUUGGUCUGAUUUUGCUUUGCAAAGGAUAUUUGGAAGAAAAAUAUCGCUAUCUAUUCCGAUUGAUCGCCGAUUUGGAGAAAAAAGUAGAUCAACGCAAGUUAGGUUUGUUGUUGCAUGACUGCAUACAAGUUCCACGCCAACUGGGAGAAGUAGCAGCGUUUGGGGGAUCGAAUAUCGAACCGUCCGUACGUUCCUGUUUCGAACGUGCUGGCGUUAAUCAAAGUGGAGAGCCUCUAGAAAAUGCCAUUGAAGCACAUCAUUUUCUAAACUGGUUACAGCAUGAGCCACAAAGCUUGGUGUGGCUUCCCGUACUACACAGAUUAGUGGCAGCAGAAACAGCGAAACAUCAAGCCAAAUGCAAUAUUUGUAAAGAAUAUCCAAUAGUUGGAUUUCGCUACCGGUGUUUGAAAUGCUUUAACUUUGAUAUGUGUCAAAGUUGUUUUUUUCUGGGUCGUAAUGCAAAAAAUCACAAACUUUCCCACCCAAUGCAUGAAUAUUGUACAACGACCACUUCCACUGAAGACGUCCGAGACUUUACUCGAGCGCUGCGAAAUAAAUUCAAGAGUAGAAAAUACUUCAAAAAACAUCCUCGUGUGGGUUAUUUACCCGUACAGAGUGUUCUGGAAGGAGACGCUUUGGAAAGUCCUGCACCCAGUCCACAACACGGGGCACACACAUUGCAAAACGAUAUGCACUCUCGAUUGGAGAUGUACGCGUCGCGUUUAGCACAGGUUGAGUAUGGUACGCGAAGUAACUCAACGCCAGACAGCGAUGAUGAGCAUCAACUAAUAGCUCAGUAUUGUCAAUCAUUACCCAAUAAUGGUGGCCCGAAGUCGCCUGUUCAGGUGAUGGCAGCUAUGGAUGCAGAGCAACGAGAAGAAUUAGAAGCAAUAAUCAAAGAUUUGGAAGAAGAAAAUGCAUCAUUACAGGCAGAAUAUGAACGACUUAAAUCCAAACAAACCCCUAUUACAACUCCAGACGAGGCACAAUCGCAGGAUGCGCCCGCAGGAGGAAACGACAUGAUUGCCGAGGCAAAAUUGUUACGACAGCACAAAGGGCGAUUAGAAGCAAGGAUGCAAAUUCUAGAGGACCACAACAGGCAAUUGGAAGCACAACUUCAAAGACUGCGCCAAUUACUAGAUGAGCCUAACUCAGUUAAAGUUUCAACACUUCAAACAAGAUCCGUUACUGCGUCUCAGUUGAACACCGAAUCACCAGCCAAAUUGCAGCAAAAUGGCCACUAUGAUCAAAGCUCAGGUAUGGAGAACGGCGCAUUAGGAAAAACAUCAUCCUUUUAUGCGGUAACCAAUUCCGGUCUUAUUGGUGGUGGCGAUCCUAAUAACCAUAUGUCAUUGGCUGAUGGUGGGAAGAAUACAUCGAACAUCGGGAACAGCAUUAGUUCUAUUGAUUCGAGGCCUCCGCCACCCCCGCAUGCAAGCCUGUUGCAUAUGGCUGGGAGAAUUUAAACGUUUCAUAUCGAAAGCUCUGAUAUCUUAAGGUGAUUUAAACCGAGCAGUAGAAGAAUUGGUGAACGUUAUAACUGACCAGGAAAUUGAACAACAUAAUGAUAAUGGAUUUCACAUUUGACUGAUGAAUAGUUCCGUGCAAUCCGUAGUUAUUGGUUUGACAAAAAUAAGAGGUAUACCAGCUUAUAAACAAUAGAAACAUAUUGUUUCUUAGUAACUAAUCUUAUAUGAACACAAUAAUCUAAUCAUUAAGAUAAAACAACCGAAAAUAUGCGUAAGUUUAGAAAGCAUACCGUACUAUGCUUAUAAUUAGCAUCAAAAGAUCCAACCAUUACCAUGUUUUAGACAAAAAAAUAUCAAAACAUUUUUUCAUUUCUUAUGUCGACUAAUAUGUAGUCAAUUUUUCGUUUUAACGACAUUCAACUAGAUAGAGAUUACUAAAUAGGGAAAUUUAUAAAAAUAUUAGCAUCAUAGUACUCAAGUGAGAGCAAGGAUGUAAAAUAUAUAGAUCGGAAAACUAUAAGUGGCAGCGUCGUUAGAAACAGAAGUAAAGUAGCCUUUAGCGAUUCUUAGUAACUCUGCCUAAGCUCGACAUCUGCCAGCAGAAUAUAAAAGAUUAGUCCGUAAGAUUUUAAGGUUGAAUAGAGAAUAGGUAAAAAUCGAAAACGAAUAAAGCAGUUUUUUUCCAUACUGUGUGUUAGAUCUUCAUAAAAAUCAAUCAGCAGUACUGUAACAAAUUCUACAAAAGCAGAUUGAUUUUUAUGAAGAUCUAUUGAAAAAAACUGCUUUUUCGUUUUCGAUUUUUUGUACCUUCUCUGUCGAACCUUAAGUCUGUUUCUAAUGACGCUACCAUUUCUAGUUUUCCGAUCCAUGUAUUAUACAUCCUCUCUCAUCGCUCUCACUUGAGUACUAUAACGUUAAACUUCCCAUAACUUUCACUACUUAGUAAUCUCUAACUAAUUGACAUUUAAAAGCUUUUAAUCAUAAUUUAUUUCCAAACCUUACCUUUCUAGAUUUAAAAAAACAUGGUUUAACAUGAAUGAUUUUGUACUUAUAUACUAAAAUAUAUGAAAAACUGAUAAAUACAUAUAGAUUUUGGGUAUUAAAGUUUUGACAUUAACUGAAUAUUCAGUGUUUAUGUCACAUACUUGUGUACUUGCAUUGUUACUCAAGUUCAAUCAUCAGAACACAAACGUUACUCAAACACAUAUCCUAAGGAUACACAUUGGAAAUCAGUUUUAAAAUACCUUUGCCAUUUGUUCAUAUUCCUUUAUAAAAACUUCAUGAUAUAAUUAGAUAAUAUUGUCAAUAUCGCAGUUAAAUUUUUCAUAAAACGACCGGCACACGCGUUGGGUUUAGAAAAUCAUGGAAAGAUUAAACUCAGUAACAUGUGUACUCUACAUUUGGGAGAAGUAAUGCUUAAUAUAACUGAAAUGUUGGUUGGAACGAAAUACAAAUGUUUUUUUUUGUGGUGAAGUUAUGUAAUUCAUGUUGAGAUAUUGUUUACACAGGUUAUAUAAAUAACAUAUCGAGCGACGAGACAUUCUUUACAGGAACGAUAAUAAAUAUUUGUGUAACAGGAUAGAUUAUGCCUUCUAUAAAAGCGAAAUGCGUAUCAAAUUUUAAAAGUAUCGUGAAAUUUGUAAACUAACAAGUUCGAACUAUUUUGGGAUCAAUUGAAAAUUAAAUAUAAUCUAUUUUACUGUUUUAUUUUCAUUUCUUUACAAAAAAAAUAUUUUCAUUACUCGCUCAUAAUGUAAACAUAAAUCGUUAAAUAUCAACCCACUCCCUCUCUAAGACAAUAGAAUCGUCACUUGUAUUAUUGCUCUCGUCUAGCCGCAUAGUGUUUUUUGUAUUUAGUAUAUAUAAUUUAAAAAUAUUACAUGUCAUUCUAAACAAGUGUCGAAACCAUAACGAAAAAUAUCAAACAUAAUCAUUACAUUCUUACUUA